AGCGAGCGAGAGAGAGAGGAGGGGGAAGAGAAAGAGAGCGAGCGCUCAUCUCCAUACAGUCACAGUGAACUGCGGGGGCCGUCGGAGCGGUCCUUGAGAGCGGAAAGAGCCGCUUAAGUUGGAUUUGAAUCUAACUAAUAUCGACUUUCAACAAUUGCUUUUCAUUUGUUUUCGCCCUUUAUCCUGCGGAAUUGGACGCUGGGAACUUUCUGUGGAGUUUGGAAAGCCAGACCCAUUCUUCUAUCCGACAUGGACUGUCUGAGAGCCGCUUCAGAAAGCGACUGACCGGUGUUCAUUCACUCUUCACGGGAAUGCAGGCGUGAACUUGCUCACGGGGACUUAAUUUUUCUUUUAUUAUAAUUAAAUGUUUGAUGAAGUGCUUCAAAGUUUUGGCCAAUUAUCGGACGCGGUGGAUUUAUCCGUCUCAGGCGCGACAAGACGCUCGUGGUCCCGGGUCGAAGACAAGAGGGGUGUUCGCUGGUAAAGUUGCGGGGAAAACAUGGAGACUGUAAGUCGGCAGAGCUUCCAGCCUCAUCCGGGACUGCAACAAACUCUCAAGCAGUUUCACCUCAGCUCUAUGAGCUCUCUAGGGGGGCCGGCCGCCUUUUCUGCCCGCUGGCAACAUGAGCUUCUUUUCAAGAAGGACGGGAAGGAGCCCGAGCCGGUCCUGCAGCAUCUGCCGCCGCCAGUGAUGCCCGGGCCGCUCUUCAUCCCGUCGGACCGCUCCACGGAGAGGUGCGAGACGGUCCUGGAAGGAGAGACCAUCUCGUGCUUCGUGGUCGGAGGGGAGAAGCGGCUGUGUCUUCCCCAGAUCCUCAACACGGUGCUGCGGGACUUCAGCCUGCAGCAGAUCAACUCUGUGUGCGACGAGCUGCACAUCUACUGCUCCCGGUGCACCGCCGACCAGCUGGAGAUCCUCAAAGUCAUGGGGAUCCUGCCCUUUUCGGCGCCCUCCUGCGGCCUCAUCACCAAGACGGACGCCGAGCGGCUGUGCAACGCGCUCAUCUACGGGGGCGCGUAUCCGCCUCGCUGCAAGAAGGAGGCAAGCAGCGGAGGAGCGCUGGAGCUGGAGCUCACCGAGAGGAGCUUCAAAAUCUACCACGAGUGCUUCGGCAAGUGCAAGGGCUUGUUCGUUCCCGAGUUGUACACCAGCCCCAACGCAGCGUGCAUCCAGUGCAUGGACUGCAGACUCAUGUACCCCACGCACAAGUUCGUGGUGCACAGCCACAAGGCGCAGGAGAACAGGACUUGCCACUGGGGCUUCGACUCGGCCAACUGGAGGGCCUACGUACUCCUGGGCCAGGAUUACACGGGCAAGGAGGAGAAGAGCCGCCUGGAGCAGCUCCUGGACGAAAUCAAGGAGAAGUUUGAUUUCGCCAACAAGUACAAGAGGAAACUAUCGUCCAGGGUGCCGGAUCCCAUUCCAGUCAAAAAGCUCAAACAUGAAGACAUCCCAAUACAAUCCCCUUUGGCUGACAAGGAGAAGCAGCAUGACUGGCUCCAGUCCCUCUCCAACCCCAAUAAGGGCUUCAACUGCAUUCAGCCGAGACAGAGGCCGUCAGCUUUUCGACCCUGGUCGCCGCACAUCUCUGCCGGUGAUAAGGGACUCUCCAUUCACCCCCUCGCUCUGCUAAGAGACAACUUCUACAACUACAAGAGCCUGGAGAAUGCUGUGGCCCCCAACGUUGCCCUCACACCACUGCCCCUGGGAAAGGUGGGCCCGAUGUCCCCGUCAGUCCCCAGCACGUCGCACCCGAGCGGAGGGGAACCCCCGGGCGAGGGCGCCAACGCCAGCUCGAGACCACGCAAGAGAAGAGUCACAGGGGAGUUCCAGCCUCCAGCACCUGAAGGUGCUUGCUCCCUUACCUCCACUGCCAGCAAGCCAGCUCAGGAUGACUCAGAGGUGGAGAUUGAAGUGGAGAGCCGUGACGAGUUCACAUCAUCCUUGUCCUCCCUGUCGUCACCAUCGUUCACUUCAUCCAGCUCAGCCAAGGACCUGAGUUCACCCAGCGUUGUCGGCCCCAUCUGCAACGUGACGACAGAGGGCGUUACUCCGGUGGCUGCUCCCGUCUCGGCCCCCAUGCCCCCUCCAGAACUGGGGCUGGAGUCCGAGUUGGAGAGCCUGCGGCAGGCGCUGGACCAUGGGCUGGACUCCAAAGAGUCAAAGGAGAAGUUCCUGCACGAGAUUGUUAAGAUGAGGGUUAAGCAAGAGGAGAAGCUGGGAUCCGCCCUGCAGGCCAAACGCAGUCUUCAACAGGAGCUGGAGUUCUUGCGCGUCGCAAAAAAAGAGAAAUUGCGAGAGGCGACCGAGGCCAAGCGAAAUUUGAGGAAGGAAAUCGAGCGCCUGAGAGCUGAGAGCGAGAAGAAGAUGAAGGAAGCCAACGAGUCGCGGAUCCGUCUGAAGCGAGAGCUCGAGCAGGCCCGCCAGCUGAGGGUUUGCGAUAAAGGCUGCGAGGCCGGACGUCUGCGUGCAAAAUACUCGGCACAGAUCGAAGACCUCCAGAUGAAGCUGCAGCACGCCGAAGCUGACCGCGAGCAGCUCCGAGCCGACUUAUUGCAAGAGCGGGAGGCCAGGGAGCACUUGGAGAGGGUGGUCAAAGAGCUACAGCACCAACUUUGGCCCAAAUCCAACAGCGACAAAAACUUGACAGCCAAGGACACGCCGUCAAAAAAGUAAUCCAGUAGCCAAGUCCCUCACGCCCCCUCCGUCCCCACAUCCGGUGCAGAGAUUCCAGACACUUCCCGCAAGAAUGGAAAACGGUCAUCUGGAGAAAUUCCACGCCCGCCCCCAACGAGGAAGUGCGCCACUUGAACUCUGACUCUCACCUUCAUCCUUGCAGAACUGAAAAGUUGAUCACAAGAGUGAUUACGUCUGUCUCAAGACAGGUUGGACAGUCGGUGACGGGAAAUGGAUCCGAAUAUUUUAGUCAAAGGGGAAAUGCCUCCACGUUGCUCCCUCGAGGACGGAAGAUUUUCAAGACAUGAUAAGCUACAUAGACUAUGACAAAUAAAUCCCAAGAUGAACAAUACAAACAUAUGAACUAUCCGCACGUGCCGUCAUGUUUUUUUUUUUCUUUUUUCUGAAUUCUUGCUUUUAAGCAACCCAACUGACAGGGAGGACAUAAUCAAGUCAUGUGUUAUUUCAAAUGUCUUCACGCAAUGAGCACAAGCGCUUGCAAAAUGAUGUCAUCGCAGUUUUUUAACGGGGUGGAAGGGGCACCGCACUUGUUUUGGAAGGAUCCAACUCUAUCCAUCGGUCUUUGUCCCCAAUGUCGCUCACGUGGGUCACCAGCCAGCCAUAUUUGCGUUGAAGCAUUUGGGGUCAACGCCCAGAGGUGUCGAAUCUACUACAGAUGCAAUAUUCCACAGGUGGGCGUGGCCUAUUUUUCUCAUCUCGAUACAGAGGAGUGAGAAAGCUGGCAUCUAUCGGACUUUGAUUCAUCCGUACAUCACAACUUUAUGAACUGUAUUGGAAGAACCACAAAUGUUCAUUAAAUUAAGGUUUGUAAAUAUAUAUCGACUUUUGGACUUAACAAUAAUGAAUGGCACUUUGUCCUAACAACAAACUGUUUGUAUGCGUUGUAAUCCAAUUUUUGUCUUAUUUUGAAAACAUCAUCUUAUACAUGAAUGCUACCGUAUACAAUUUUGUUGGUUAUAUUCAUUCUCUAUUAAGUAUUGUUCUGUUUACGCGAGGCAAAGUAUUGUAAAUAAACCGAAAGAAAAACAA